AUGAGAAAAGUCAGCGGCCGGGUAAGCUUGACCAACACAUUACAAUAUCUUGUUGAAUUGUACGCCGGCGCCGAGUACGUCAGCGGCCUGGAGCCGCGGCCGGCGCUGCACCAGAAGGGGCUCAUCGAGCGGCGGCAGUGCGCCUACGUGGCCGACGCGGUGCGCGGCGCGCUCGAGCGGCUGCUGGUGGACGGUGACCGCGCCGCGGCGCUGUCGUACUGCGAGGCGGCCUGCAGCAGGCUGCUGAUGGGCGAGGUGUCGUCGCACCUGCUGGUCGAGGGAGGCUUUGUGAAGCGCGCGGACCAGACCGACUUGUGCCGCAUGGCGGGCCUGGCCGUGCCCGAGAAGAAGGGGGCGGCCAAGAAGCUCAGCGCGGCCGAGCAAAAGAACCAGGCGGCGGAGGACGAGACGCUGCGCAAGGAGAACGCCAUCAGCCUCGCGAUCGAGCUGCUGCAGCGGAGCGCGACGGCGGACGGGCGGGCGACACGCUCGUUCCGGCUCGGCGAGUAUGUGCCCUUCUGCGCGGUGCGGCGGCAGGGCGGCGGCGGCGGCAAGCAGUUUGAGAACGUCGCGUCUCCCGAGGAGAUUGUGCAGCGCGGCACGCCCGUCGACCUGCGGCUGCUGUGCGAGCGGCGGCUGCUGCCGGCGCUCAUCGGGCAGGCGAUCACCCGAGAUCACCGGCGAUGA